AACUACAUAUCCCACUGUCCCUUGCUGUGUUAGGAAGCGUGCGUGCGUGCGAAGCGUGACAGGGAGGGGGGAGGUGGAAAAGGGAAUUUAGGAAUUCGUCUCCAAACUUGGAGCUACGCUGUUGCCGAAACGAUGGACUAGGCAACUAUCCGGGUGCUGCUCCGUCCAGCUGCUCUUUGUGCGUGUCAAGUAAUGAGCAGCAGCCGCCAGACGCGUCACCGCAACGGAUAAUCCAGUAAAACAGCAAAAGUCACAGCAACCAUUCACUCCCGGGGCUGACUCGGCAGGCAGGGAUGGAGGCGUCUUUCGGUCCAACCUUCGCAGCCGUGGCUGCGGGAGCUAAAGCAGAAACAUCCAGCACUUAUAAACAACAUAGAAGAACUCCAUCAUCUUCCAGCACCUUGACCUACUCUCCUCGAGAUGAUGAUGACGGAAUGCCGCCCAUCGGUACCCCUCGAAGGUCCGAUUCGGCCAUCUCAGUGCGGUCUCUCCAUUCCGAGUCCAACAUGUCUCUGCGGUCUACUUUCUCUCUGCACGAAGAGGAGGAAGACAUGGAGCCGCAGGUAUUUGCAGAACAGCCGUCCGUCAAACUGUGCUGCCAGUUGUGCUGCAACGUUUUCAAGGACCCCGUGAUCACCACUUGUGGGCACACCUUCUGCAGACGAUGCGCCUUGACCUCAGACAAGUGUCCCGUGGAUGCGGCCAAGCUGACGGUGGUGGUCAACAACAUCGCAGUCGCCGAGCAGAUCGGCGAGCUUUUCAUUCACUGUAAAUACGGCUGCAGGGCCGCCGGCGGUGGCGCCGGCGUGGGUGCGGGCGGGGCCUCCAACACCGCCGUGGCGGGGAAGCCCGGAGCGUACGAGGUGGACCCAGUGGGCUGCCCUUUCACCAUCAAACUAUCCGCACGCAAAGAACACGAAGCCACUUGCGACUACAGGCCCGUGCGCUGCCCCAACAACCCCUCCUGCCCCCCGCUGCUCACCAUGAACCUGGAGGCGCACCUGAAAGAAUGUGAGCACAUCAAGUGUCCCCAUUCAAAAUAUGGGUGUACUUUCAUUGGCAACCAGGACACGUAUGAAACCCACCUGGAGAUGUGUAAAUUUGAAGGCCUGAAGGAGUUUCUGCAGCAGACCGAUGACAGAUUCCAUGAGAUGCAGCUGACUUUAGCUCAGAAGGACCAAGACAUUGCUUUUCUGCGCUCCAUGUUGGGCAAACUGUCGGAGAAAUUAGAUCAGCUGGAAAAAAACCUGGAGCUCAAAUUCGACAUGCUGGAUGAGAAUCAGAGUAAGCUGGGGGAGGACCUCAUGGAAUUUCGCAGGGAUGCUUCCAUGCUCAACGACGAGCUUUCCCACAUCAACGCGAGACUCAACAUGGGAAUCUUGGGCUCUUAUGACCCCCAGCAGAUUUUCAAGUGCAAAGGCACUUUUGUCGGCCACCAGGGACCCGUUUGGUGUCUUUGUGUCUACUCCACCGGAGACUUGCUCUUUUCUGGCUCCUCAGACAAGACCAUCAAGGUCUGGGACACGUGCACCACCUACAAAUGUCAGAAAACCUUGGAAGGACACGACGGCAUCGUGCUGGCGCUCUGCAUCCAGGGAAACCGCCUCUACAGCGGCUCUGCGGACUGCACCAUCAUUGUGUGGGACAUCCAGACCCUGCAGAAAGUCAACACCAUCCGUGCCCACGACAACCCCGUUUGUACGCUGGUCUCCUCCCACAACAUGCUCUUCAGCGGCUCCCUCAAGGCCAUUAAGGUGUGGGACAUUGUGGGGACGGAGUUGAAGCUGAAGAAGGAGUUGACCGGACUGAAUCACUGGGUCAGAGCGCUGGUGGCCUCCCAGAACCACCUGUACAGCGGAUCAUAUCAGACCAUCAAGAUUUGGGACAUUCGCUCUUUGGAGUGCGUCCACGUCUUGCAGACCAGCGGGGGCAGCGUCUACUCCAUCGCCGUCACCAAUCAUCACAUCGUCUGCGGCACCUACGAAAACCUCAUUCACGUGUGGGACAUUGAGUCCAAAGAGCAGGUGCGGACCCUGACGGGUCACGUGGGGACAGUUUACGCUCUCGCCGUCAUCUCCACGCCCGACCAGACCAAAGUGUUCAGUGCCUCCUACGACCGUUCGCUGAGGGUGUGGAGCAUGGACAACAUGAUCUGCACCCAGACUCUGCUGAGACAUCAGGGCAGCGUCACGGCUCUGGCUGUGUCCCGAGGUCGCCUUUUCUCCGGCGCGGUGGACAGCACGGUGAAGGUGUGGACGUGCUGAACGGAGAGCCAGCCCUCUGGAGAUGCUAUCAUGUUUGUCUGUGGCGGACGGAUCUCCCACGCGUCUACAUUCCCUCCUUGCCGUUUGUUUGUCUUCACACUCGCAGUCCGACAAGUAUUUGCUGGACGACCUCCGACCUUUUGACCCUCUAAGGUUCAACUCAAGGUCCUCCAUGAUCUCAUCACAUUGUGCAUUAUGACAAGCUCUCAUACGGUCGGCUGACUGAAUGUUCCGUGCCUGUAAAUGAUUUUGAACCACCGCACCGUUUCCUUUCGACAUUGCAGCUCAAUCGGCGACGCAUCGAAGAACUCCUCGCGGCCGGUUUAGCGCUCGCGGGCUUUUUACAUCAACUGAUCUUGUAAUAUAGCGCCUCUUGAAUUUCCUGUUUACAGUAUUUUAUAAAAUGAGAUUACAGUUCAGGGAGACUGAAAAAGAAAUACGCCCCCCCCCCCCCCACACAAAUAUAAUUUGGUGUGUGCCUGUGUUUUAAUGAGUGCCAUAUGCAAGGGAUUCGAGGAGAGGACGAGCUACUCGGAUCGUUUCGUGGCGCACGCAUUGAUCCGACAUCAUGUGCUUUUCGUACGCGUUAAUAAUCAGCGGGAAGUGACAGCGGGUUCGUAAUAAACUCGCACAAGCCAAUACGGACAAAGUGCCACUGGACGAACGUGAUGUGUAAGCGCCCAUAUUGGGCUAAAUAUAAGCCAGUCGUCAUAGCAACAUGUUGACCCGCAUCAUAUUUAUGAGUAGGGUGCCCCCCGCAGAACAUUUACUAAACAUUCUCAAAAGGUAUUUUGCUUUCAUCCGAGUGCGCAUCUGGACCACUACUUAGAGAUUUCUUGUAAACGUGUAAUCAUGUAAGGUCAAAUUGAUCAUCGAUCAAUAAAACGGUUGUACACUUGAA